CGUCGGUCGUGCGCGUUACGUAUCCGCCCGUCUAUCUAUCGUCGCGUAUGCAGCAACGGCGUCGAAAUGACAGCGUCGCAGUGACACAGAUCGGCUCCACGGUUGCUCGCGCGUGUACGCGACGUGCGAGAAAAAAAAAUAGGAAUUCCGUCGUGACCACGAAUGUGCCGAAAUUGCGGUGAUGAAAUCCCAUAAACUCCAUCUGGCGUUACCCGUCCUCCCCCUGCGCUAUGCGAACGCUCGCUUAGCUCAAAAAGUUGUGUGCGGCUGAUUACGCGGCGCGAUAAAAUGCUUGUUUUCGCGCGUUUAAGCUCGGUGAGUUAGGUGCGACUCCGACUUUCCCUUCAUCGUGGGAACUUUUGUGCUACUUCGAUACUGCUGAAACUCUCGUGUCGGAUAGCUUUCGCUUUUAGAAGGAGAAUUCACAAAGAACUAUUCGGAUAUACUUAAGGACUCUCCGUGGAAACAAUGUAAUGUGAAGAGUGUGCAGUCUGUGAGAGCCUAGUCGCGGUUCUCUGGUGCGAUUGCUAAAUAGAAUUACUCAUGGGGGAUCUCCUUGUUUGAAAUUGACAAGUUGGAAAGCUUGUUUGAAAACAGAGCCAAUUAAUAAGUCAGUCGGUAGUUUUAGUUUAUCUGGGAACGGAUAAAAGGGAAUUAUAUGAAGGAUAGUUUGAAUAAGGAAGAUAGACUCAGCGGCUCAGCUCAAUACGUUUGAAAUGAAGACCGAAGGAUAAUCCGGCGCGUGAGUCUAACCUAUUUCAAACAACGCGAGAUCCUACUGUGAAUAAUUCUAUUUGGCAGUCACGCCGAAGAACCGAGAUUAGGCUCUUAGGGCAAAUUUACACCUCGACAGAAAAGCGGGAAACGGAAAGGCAAACGCCAAUCGGAACUCGCGGUCAGAUGGUAGUCGACAGUUUCUGCCAAGUGUGAGUUCUCCUUUUCAGGCCAGGGUGUCGUAGGAUGCGUGGUUCUCUCGGAUGCUGCGCGAAAAGGGUCGUCGACGCGAGGAGAUAAACUCGGAAGAUUGUUUCGCGUAGGAAGCACCUCGCCUGUACAUCGUUCCUAAUUGACAGAUAGAGGAGAGCAAGGGAAGAUAAAAGAAGAGAAAGAGCGAGAGAAAGAUAAGGUACCGGCGACGGAAAACUAGAAGCGGGGGAAAUGAGAGGAGGGGCGGCGGCGGAAGACGGAGAAAGACGCGGAGCAGUGCUCGAAAUUUACGAGUGAGCCGGUUUGCUUGCACGUCGCGCAAGGUCCAAGGUGGUGUCUAGGGGCGGUCGUGCCGCCGUAACAAAUGGUCCAGCCGUGAACCGGCUCGCCGUGUAACGACACCGGAAGCAGGCGGCGAGGAUCCACAAGAAUUCAAACAGGCGGAUGUGAGAAACUUGAAGCUCCGCUCGUAGUCGGUGUGCUGCGCGCGCGUGGCGAAUCGUUGUCUCGGGGCGCGCGUGAAUGUCCGGACGUGAACGACGGACUCGAGCGCAGCUCGUUUUGCAGACGUCGCCCGGGGACAACAUGAACCUGAAUCGUCGACGACGAGACGGCGCGCUCCUCGCCACGUCGUUCGCGUGAGAAGGAGGCAGAGAGACAAAUAAGGAGAACGCGUCUCGUGCGAUACUCUUUAACAACGCUCUUCCAUCCGCGACUCGAGCCGACGAGGAUGAGGACGAGAUGCCGCGCUGCACGUUGUCGCCAAGGUUUCCCAGAGGCUUAACUCCACCACGAGACAAUCCAGCCCAGAUGGGUUAAAAGCCGCGGCCGCGAUUGACGGCGCGAUCUCAUGCUGCUUGUGAAAUGGCGAUCACACCGCGCUCUCGAAAGUGCAACAAGUGGUGUCCAGAUCCUCGAUGCUGAGACGUCAUCGAUGUUACUCGACAGACGGACGACGAGGACGACGAGGAGAUCCGGCACCGAUCAGGUUCGCGACCGGCUGGAUCCGAGCACUCGAGUUGCCGUUGGAGGAGGAGCAGGAUCGCCCGUGUUUUCCAGGAUGCCCUGUGUACGAGCGCGCGCGAUGCCGGUGGGAUUAAGUGUCUAAUGAACUCUGAAUCCGUUUCUCGUCUCGAACACGACCGUCUCGAAAUUUCUUCGUUAGGACUAGACCCUCGGCCUCGGGGAUAAGUAGAUUUACUUCAUCGGGUCGAAACGAGUCUCGGCUCGAGAGAGAGAGAGAGUUACGAGACCGUGAGUCGAGGAGCCCCGGUCCGAUGCUGUUCGUUAACCUUAUCAAAGGCCACUUCAUUGACCGCGGCCCAAAGAAGAUCGGCGACCGAGUGUGGCCCCGAGCUGGGAUUUCAGCUUGAUUCCUGACUGCCGGCUUCACGCGGAUCCGCCGACGUCGCGCUUUGUUUUUCGGGAAAUUGCGCGUGGAUCCAGGGAGGAGGUCUUAAUUCGCACUUUGGCGGUUCGUCUAGGAUGAAGGAGAAUAGCGUCGCAGCAUUAACGUGUGUGGAAGAACAUAGCGUGAUUCAAUGCUGCGCGCGGAUACCCGGAGGAAGUCCUCGAUCGCGAGUCCAUGGCGACGGCAACGUUCGAUGCUGAGCGAACGGGGAAGACAUUCGCCGAAAGUCGACGAUGACGACGAUGAUGACGACGAUGACUCUUGGUGCCGGAUCUCUCGCAUUCGCGUGAAUCCAUUGAAUAGUGUACCGUCAGCGUCCGCGCGCCGCGGGCAAACACGUCGGCUGACGCGCUCAAGGACUCCGCGAUAAUCCGCAAGGCGUUGUCGCAUCCGCAGAGACGACGUCGAAUGAGACGAUAGUGAUGAAGAUAUCGAGCGAAGCUAGCGUCCCACUACUAAGCGCCGUCGGUCCGCGCUGCAUCGUCAAACAGGCGACGGUGAAGCGGUGCGUCGCGGCGCUUCUGCUCAUCUCCAUCGCCAGUAUAUUCUACUACACGCACUACAUCAUCAGCAGCCCGUUCUCCAGCUUGAUACAUCGGGACACGAGACCGGAACCGGCGAUACGAUGCUCGACCCUGAGAGGUGCGACCAGACUGCCGUCAGCGCCGGACCAUCGCAGUGAGGCUCGACUGAGGAUAGACCCGAAAGUGUUGGUGUUCGUGGAGACACUGUACUCGAGGCUGGGUCGCGAGAUAGCAGAGUUGCUAGUUUAUAAUCGAAUCAAGUACAAAGUGGAGGUGGCCGGCAAGUCUUUGCCAGUGCUGACGAAUCUCGACAAGGGUCGGUACGGGGUGCUGAUCUUUGAGAACCUGAAUAAGUACCUGCAGAUGGACAAGUGGAAUCGCGAGCUGCUGGACAAGUAUUGCAGGGAAUAUUCGGUCGGCAUCGUCGGUUUCGCCCCGCCCGGAGAAGAGAGUUUGGUCGGUGCUCAGCUCAAGGGCUUUCCACUUUUUAUACACACGAAUCUUAGGUUGAAGGAUGCUCAGCUGAAUGCGGCAUCUCCUAUUCUCCGAUUAACCAGAUCGGGGGAAACGGCCUGGGGACCACUUCCUGGCGGCGACUGGACCAUUUUUCAGGCCAAUCACAGCACCUACGAACCGCUCGCUUGGGCACACCGAGACAGUCUCGACUCUCCAGCCAACAAGAGUCCCCUGGCCACCGUCAUCCAGGAUCAUGGCCGGUUCGACGGGAUCCAAAGAAUUCUUUUCGGCAGCGGACUGCGAUUCUGGCUGCACAAGCUGCUACUGUUGGACUCGUUAUCCUACUUGUCGCAUGGGCAAUUGAGUCUCAGUUUAAAUCGCAUGAUCCUGGUGGACGUGGACGAUAUAUUCGUCGGCGAGAAGGGCACCAGACUGAAGAAGGACGACGUGAUGGCAUUGCUAGCUACUCAGCAAAGAAUUCAAGCGCUCGUGCCGGGGUUCAAAUUCAAUUUGGGGUUUUCCGGCAAGUAUUUUCACCACGGUACGGCGGAGGAGAAUUUGGGGGACGACAUGCUUCUGGAGAACGUAGACAGAUUUACGUGGUUUUCCCACAUGUGGAAUCACCAACAGCCGCACCUGUACGAGAAUGUAACUCAUCUGCAAUUGGACAUGGCACUGAACAAGCAAUUCGCAAAGGACCACGGUAUACCGACCGGAAGCGGCUACAGCGUAAGUCCGCAUCACUCCGGCGUGUACCCGGUUCACGAAGGCCUCUACGAAGCGUGGAAGAGAGUCUGGAACAUCAAGGUCACGAGCACCGAAGAGUACCCGCACCUGAGGCCGGCUCGUUUAAGACGGGGCUUCAUUCAUCGUAAUAUUAUGGUCCUACCUAGACAAACUUGCGGCCUUUUCACUCACACAAUUUUCAUCGACAGGUACCCGGGCGGGAGGGAAAAGCUGGACGAGUCGAUACAGGGCGGCGAACUUUUCCAAACGAUUGUGUAUAAUCCGAUAAAUAUUUUUAUGACACACAUGUCGAAUUACGGAAACGAUCGACUUGCGUUGUACACCUUCGAGUCGGUCAUCAAAUUCAUUCAAUGUUGGACGAAUCUAAGGCUAUCCAGCGCACCUCCGCUUCAGCUCGGAGAACGUUACUUUCAGCUCUAUCCCGAAGAAGCCGACCCGGUGUGGGGAAAUCCAUGCGACGAUCAGAGGCACCAAAAGAUCUGGUCUCGCAACAAAACCUGCGACCAACUACCGCGGUUCCUGGUGAUUGGGCCUCAAAAAACCGGCACUACGGCGUUGUACACAUUCCUCUCUAUUCAUCCGGCGAUAAGCAGCAAUCUACCGAGCCCCGACACCUUCGAGGAAAUACAGUUUUUCAAUGGGAAGAAUUACUACAAGGGCCUCGAUUGGUAUAUGAGCUUCUUCCCAACGGCGAAAAACGAGAGUUCCCGAUAUCUCUUCGAAAAAUCUGCCACUUAUUUCGACGGAGAAUUAGUACCGCGGAGGGCACACGCGCUUUUGCCGAGAGCCAAGCUAAUCACUAUAUUGCUCUCCCCAGCCAGGCGCGCUUACUCAUGGUACCAGCAUACCAGAGUGCACGGGGAUCCGGUAGCGAACAAUUACUCCUUCCAUUCGGUCAUCACGGCGAGCGAUUCCGCGCCGAAGCCCCUACGGGA